AUGAGUCAAUCUAUAAGAGCUUUAAAGAAUGUCUUAAGAAAAGAAAUGCGUACAUCAUUAAAUCAAAUUCCGUUAGAAGUAAUUGAACAAGAAAGGAAAAUAUGUUAUGUGCCAAGAUGGAAUAAUGAUGAAAUGGACAUGGUUAAACUUCAUUCUUAUAAAGAUUAUUUAUCAUUACCUGUAAAUCCAAACGAAUUGGAUUUAAUAAUAAUGCCAGGUUUAGCAUUUGACUUGCAAGGAAAUAGAUUAGGACAUGGCAAGGGGUACUUUUACAUGUAUAAUCUUUAA